ACACAUAAAGUUGGUUGAAGAAAUACAAGAAGUGGCAUCUCCCUCCACCCAUAGUUCGUAGUAUUGCAGUCCGCAGAUGGAUACUCUUGGGGGGUUUCAAGAAACAAUCACGCGACAACUCGUUUCUUGUAACACAGCACAGCGAGCUUCCUGUGAAAGUGAAAGUAAAGGAGUCGCCACAAAACUGUGGGAGUCGUUUAUUCGACGAAGAAGCAAUGGCCGAAUGCAAUUUUGACAACGCAUCAGAAAGACCCUCUCUCUUGGAGGCAGACCUAACCUGUCCAGUGUGUAAGGACCUCUUCCGAGAACCAGUUCUUUUGUCCUGUACCCACAGUUUCUGCCAUGAUUGUCUGGAGCGUAGCUGGGAGCAGAAAGGGAUACGGGAAUGUCCCGUGUGCAGGAAGAGGUGCGAAGGCGAGCAGCCGAUUCCCAACCGUGCGCUGAAGAACACAUGCGAGUCCUAUCAGAAAGAAAAGGGCCUUUGGGUUCCGCUCGUGGCCGAGAAACGGUGUGGGUUACACCACAAAGAGCUGGUGCUGUACUGCGUGAAGGACGAGGAGCCCGUCUGCGUCGACUGUGUAACGCUGCAUAGAGGCCACGAACUGAGUACUCUGGAACAGAGCGCACCUUACUGCAAGGAGGAACUGGACAUUAAAUUGCGUGUCUUGGAAGAGAAAAUGCAAUUCUUUAAAAUAAUUAGUCACAAAUAUAAGGCAACAUCGGAGUAUAUCCAGAGUCAAGCUCAACAGACAGAGAGACAGAUAAAAAUGGAGUUUGAGAAACUUCAUCGGUACCUGAAUGAAGAGGAGGCCUGCAGGAUCGCCAUGCUGAGAGAGGAGGAGGAGCAAAAGAAGCAGAUGAUGGAGGGGCGGAUCGCCAGUCUUAAACAAGAAAUGACUGAGCUGGCUAAGCUCAUCCAAACUGUAAAAAGGGAGAUGGGAACUGAUGUCCUAUCUUUCCUGCAGAAUUUCAGAGCCUUGAAAAGAAGAGCCCAGUGGACCGCUGAUGAUCCUCCAAGUGUCUCCGGGUCGCUCAUCAACGUAGCCCAACACCUCGGCUCGCUCGCCUUCAAAGUGUGGGAGAAGAUGCAGUCGCACGUGGCGUACAUCCCAGUGAUACUGGACCCCAACACUGCGUCCCCCUGGCUCUCCAUGUCUCCGGACAUGUCCAGCGUGUAUGCCAGCAAGGAGAGGCAGCUGGUGCCGGACAACGCGGAGCGCUUCGACCCCUGCGUGUUCGUCCUGGGCUCGGAGGGCUUCACCUCCGGGCGCCACCACUGGGACGUCCACGUGGGCGACAACCCCAAGUGGAUCGUGGGAGUCUGCAAGGACUCCCUGCCCCGGAAGCGCAAGUUCACCAUGUCCACCAAGAGCGGCGUGUGCACCAUCGGGCUGAGCAAAGGGGUGUACAGCGCCCUGACCGUGCCCCGCACUACGCUCCCUCUGGAGAAGCUGGAGAAGGUCAGGGUGAAGCUGAACUGUGAAAAAGGCACGGUGUCCUUCUGGGAUCCCAGCAAGGACGAGCACAUCUGCACCUUCAAUGAGAAGUUCACCGAGAGGGUGUUCCCGCUCUUCGGUCCGGGCCUUCAAGUCACUCCCAUGGCCGUCACUCCAGCGAGCAUCACCCUAAACUAUGCGUGAGGAGCCAGACUACUCACUUCAGGUAGCCUGAGAAGCUACAAGGUGACCGGCUUUCCCUGCUCUGCCUUGCUGUUUGCAUGACCGUGAUGAAUUGUGAAUCAGAGUGAUCAGGAGAGGAAGGGAAGUUCUUUGAGAGGCUGAUUUGAAUAUUUUGAUCUUUCAGAUUUAGGACUUUAAAUCUUUUUUUUUUGUCUUUACUGUCCAUCUCAGAUAUUUGGUAGGGGGCUUUAAAGGAAAAAUUCACCUGGAAAAUGUCAUUAGAAAAUGUGCUGCUCUUUUCUGUGUGGGGAGUGGGGAGUGUGGCUACAGUGCCUGUAGCGUGGGAUCAGAUUGCGGUGGAGCAUUUGUAGCUACCUAACUACUGAAAUGACAGAGGUGCAGCACAAAUACAGCAAAGCUGUACAUGUAGUAAUAAAAACGGAUGUAAAAUAGCUAUACAAACUGAGGUGAAUGGGCAGGGUUGAGAAUGGAGGAGGAGACGUAUUUGACGUAUAAGACAGGACCACAGCAAUGCAAGGCAAAACUCCUGCCUAGUGUGCCUUUCUAUAAAACAAAAUCCUCAGAUGAAAACAGUGCCCUUAAAAGGACACAGAUGCCUUACCGUUGGCCUCCAUCUGUGAACACAUAACUCACAUUUUUGGAUGAAACCCUCGGAUCACUAGUCAAGUUGUGAAUUUGAAGGAAAGGUUGAUGAAAGUGAAGCCUAAAGAGCAUUAUAUGGCAGUUAGAGGUACAGUAAAGUAAUACAAAUUCAUAUAUUUGGAAAGGACAAGGAACAAGCCCAAAAAGGUGAAUGUCCCACAGUGUCCCCAGUCAAUGUCCUGAUAUCAAAUCCACUGAGAAUCUAUGACACUUAAAAUUUUGGUCCACAAGCAUCGUCCAACCAACCUGAAGAACCUGGAGCAAAUCUGCCUAGAAGAAUUGGGAAAAAAUCACUCCAGACAAUGUAGAUACUUACCUUAAAGCUCUUAUUGCAGCAAAACAUGACUCUAUAAUGUUAACGUGUGGUGCUUGAUUUUGCAUGCAGGCACAAGUUUUUCAUUUUCAUUUUCUUCAAAAUAUCUGCUUGCAAAUAACUCAUUUUGGCCUUCUGAAUUUUCUGUUAGAGCACAUGCAUUUACAAUUGAAAUACUGAUUGUAAAAAUGUGUCUAAGCAUCAUUUGUAAUGCUGAGAAAUUUAGUUGUCAAGGGGUCUGAAUACUUUAGUCAUAUUCAGCUUCAUAAUAUUGAAGUAUUUUGUCUAUGUAGGUGCAGGUACCUUUCCUCUGUCAAUUGGCAACUUGGUGUGCCAGUAUAUCAUUCUUUUCAAUUUAUCUGUAUGGGGACUGUAUUGUUAUUACAAUGUGAAAUCGGACUACCAAAAUUGCUGAAUACAACAGAAUUGUACAACUUAUGAGAAAUCAAUAUAACCUAUAUAUAUAUUUUUUUUAAAUAUUGCUGCAGCUUAUCUACAGAAAUUUCUUCAAAGGGGUAGUUCCCCCAAAAAUGAAAUUCUGGUGUUUCCACUUAGCCAAAGUAAUACCAAUUAGACAAGUAGAUGGAGUCUGUCCAUCCAAAUAGUCUUGCUGAAAUGGGAUGAGUUUUCUAUAUAUUCGCUGGAGCUCACCCUGAUAAAACGCACCCUGUGGGGCCAUUUUCCUCUGGCUUCGAAAAUGUGCCAAAAAUUUACAUCAGAAAAAUUCAACAGUAAUGCUUCUUUCCAAAUAUAAUUCUGCAGUUUGUGCGAGAUGUGUAAGUGGAAACAUACCUUCAUUUCAUUUUUGGGUGAACUACCUUUUUAACAUGUCUAACAUGUCCACAAGAGGGUGCCUAAAACUUGAUAAAAAGUGUACAACACCAAAUAAAGUUUUUUCUUGUUUCAAAAAAG